AUGUCCCGACAAAUGCAACGUCUAAUUGCGACAGCUUGCAGGAGGCAAGCAUUCACUCAAAAUGAAGGCCUGCUUAGGCAAAACAUUGUUAGGCAACAACGUCGUUUUGUUGCUAGCGACCCGGUAAAAGGUAAAGGCCCCAUAACAUGGAAAAGUGCUGCGGCUAUUGGUGGCCUGGGGGCGGUUGGUGUUGCCUUUAUGUUAUAUGUGAAACAUGAAAAAGAAGAAGCCAUUCUGAAGGAACGUAAACGACAAUUGGGCAAGGCUGCCAUAGGUGGUCGUUGGGAACUCGUUGAUCCCAAGGGUAAUCUGCGGAAAUCUGAAGACUUUUUGGGCAAAUGGUUGUUGAUCUAUUUCGGUUUCACCCAUUGUCCUGAUAUUUGCCCAGAUGAAUUGGAAAAAAUGUCUGCUGUAGUUGAUGAAAUUGAAAAAUCUCCACAAAAUCCCGAAAUUCAACCGAUUUUCAUAACCGUUGAUCCGGAACGUGAUACCAAAGAAGUUGUCGACAAAUAUGUCAAAGAGUUUUCACCCAAAUUGUUGGGCCUCACCGGCACCGUUGAACAAAUCAGUAAAGUAUGCAAAGCAUUUAGAGUAUACUUUUCGGCUGGCCCCAGGGAUCAGGAUAACGACUACAUUGUAGAUCACACAAUUAUUAUGUAUUUGGUGAAUCCUGAUGGUGAAUUUGUCGAUUAUUAUGGACAAAAUCGUGACAAAGAUCAGUGUGUUAGUUCGAUUCUAAUGAAUAUUGCCAAAUGGAAUUCCUUAAAUAAAAAAUCAUGGUUUGGUUAAGUA